UUUGAGCAAGUUGUCGAGAUGGGAGCUGUAAUGAGCGGAUAUCUGGAGUCCCCAGUUACGGAGAAGGAGGUAAUCGACGGAAUAUCAAAGUUGGGACUGAAAUACGGUGCUAGCAGUAUGCAGGGAUGGAGGGUUGCUAACGAGGAUGCAAUGAGCUGUGUUCCUGACCUGACAGACAAUUCGGCACUGUUUGCCGUAUACGAUGGCCACGGUGGAGGCGAGGUGGCUCUCUACGUCGCUAAAUACCUUCCAAUGCUCCUUAAAACACAGUAUGAUUUUACUGAUGGCAAGAUCGAGCAAGCUUUGAAAACAACAUUCCUGGCUGUUGAUAAGCAGAUUGUGUUGGAGGAAACGGCUGAUGAAUUGCAGACGCUGGCAGGUACUAAAGGAGACGAUGAAGAUGAAGAAGGAAUGGAAGAUAAGAUCAAAGAAUGUGAGGAGCUGAACGAAGAGGCCCAGCUGCCACUUGUGGACCUGCUCGCCAAAUACAAACAAAAAUUCAAAGAGUGCAUGGAAGAAGAAAUGGCGGAGAAAGAAGGCAACUUUGAAGGAUCCGGGAAAGGAAAGAAGGCUAAGGUGGAAGUUCCUGAUAUCUUACAAGGCGGUGGAGAGCCUGCAAGCGCUGGAUCAGCUGCAAAUGGGAAGGAAAUCGUCAAAAACGGAAAAGAUUCAGAAUCUGAAAGUAGUUCCCCUUCAAAGAAAAACGGCGCCGACGAGACGACUGCAAAUGGGGACGAGAGUAAGAAUGGUGAGGGUGAAGAGGAAUCUGAUGAAGAGGAGGAGGAAGAGGCAGAAAUGACUGACGAGGACGAUUCGGACGAAGAGGGGUCAGAGGAGGGGUCAUCAGAAGAGGAUAGUGACGAUGAUGACGUUCCCCCAGAGUUUGAUGAGAGAGAGGGGUACGGAAGUGGCACUACCGCUUGUGUAGCCGUUAUCCAGGAGGGGGUUAUCACUGUAGCUAACGUUGGUGACUCGAGGUGUGUAGUGUGUACCAAGGACGGAGUUGCAGUGGACUUGUCCGAGGACCACAAACCAGAGAGUGAGAUCGAGAAGACCCGGGUUGAGAAAGCAGGAGGGAAGAUAACGAAGGAUGGUCGUGUAAACGGUGGUCUGAACUUGUCACGUGCACUGGGAGAUCAUCAGUAUAAGCAGAACACUGACCUGCCUCCAGAGGAGCAGAUGAUAAGUCCCAUGCCGGACCUUCAGACACAUACUAUUGCAGAAUCAGACGAGUUCAUGUUAAUAGCAUGUGAUGGUAUCUGGAAUGUGCUGACCUCCGACGCAGCUAUUUCCUUUAUCAGAGAGCAGAUCGCAGAGGCUAAGGCUGGGGAUAAGUGCAGUAAGACAUGGCUCUCUGAUAUCGCAGGGCAGUUGAUGGAGAAGUGCAUGGCACCUGACACGAGUGGAGAUGGUACUGGCUGCGAUAACAUGACUUGUCUUAUCGUCCUUCUCAACCAGGACACGUCGAAAGAUGUCCAGAAAAGGAAGAUGUCGGGACAAGCAGACACUCCUGAAGCGAAGAAGAGCAAGUCAAGCUAAUCCCCCGCUCUCUACCACUGGACACCUUAUUAUUUCACUGACAAACUCACAUAUUACUUUGCUGUGGGAGCUGCUAUUUGUUAUUGGACAGUACCUCCUAGCUGUGGGGCGCCCAGGAACAUUAUCUUCUAUUUUCCGGGCUAUUUUCAAACUUGAAACCUUCCGAAACGAACAUUUCGACAAAAAAAGCCCCUUUUUCCCAACACCAACCAGACUUUAAUAUAUUUAUUAAGAACCAGACUUUCUCCAGAACCAAUGAUGUGGUUAUCGUUUUCUAUGUGGUCGCCCCUCGAGCAUGCAAAGUGCGCUUCAAUCUAAUUCUAUUGAACGAUAAUUGCUAUACAUGAAGAACUGUAAUAGAAUAAUAGUAUGAAAGGCAGUGGUUGAAAUAGUUCAUGAUCGUGUCUGAGAUCACCAGAUUGAUUGCAUGACAUGAAUAAUAGAUAAUGGAUAUCCAUAAAUGGGAUAUAUAUAUGUGCGUUCGCUCAUUCCAUUCAUGAUAUUAAAAUAAAGAGAAAGACCGAUGUGAGACUGCGGUUAAAAGUUUGCUAGAAUUUUUGCAGUUGACGAAGAGCGUACUAAUCUUUUGAAGGUUUUGAAGUUGUCAGGAGCUAGUCUGCUUUGCUCGAAUUAUUUGUUUCACUUAUCAUAAAUAUUUUUAGAAAUUUUAAUUUUCAAUCAUUUAAAAUAUGCGUCGUUUUUCUGGUUCUUUUAACAGAUAUGAUCAUGCAGUAAUAUCCCAUUCAACAUACAAUAAUUGGAUAUAUCAACAUUCAAAAGCAUAACUUCUAAAUAGAAGUAUUUUGAAGUAUGUAAUGUAGGUAGCAGACAAUACGUAGGGUACGUUAUGUAGGAAUAUAAACAGAAAUAAUGAAUAUGCUGACAUAGCUUGUUAAGCAUGUGUACACUGUACUUACAGUGUCUCGAUGCUGGUGUUAUAAUCUCCUCUCUUGUAAGAUUAAUUGCUCGCUGGUCACACGUGAGGGUAAGAUUGACAUGGUAUACACGUGGUAUACACUAUACACGUGGUAUACACUACACGUGGUAUACACUAUACACGUGUAUACACGUGGUCUUGACAAGCUGACUAGCAAAGUAAGGAAAUUAUGUAAUAUCCGGAUAUUAUGAACAUAGUUAAAUAUAUUAGAACAUGGUUUAUUAGUCACAUAUUGUAAUGGUAGAUGUGUCUGGUAUUCAUAUUGUUACAACUUUACAAGACAAAGGAGAUAGUAAUACUCUUUUCAGUGAAUACUAAUUAGUGUACGUUUCACUGCGACUUUACUUACUUAUUACAUCACUACUUUAUUUACUUACUACAUCACUAAUACUACAUAAUGUCCUAAAAUUAUGUUCCCGGAUAGUUACAUUCUCUCAAUUUUUAGAGUUCUGAUCGUCUUUAUGAAUUGCUGUAUUACCAAGACGAGUUCGUUAGUGUUCUCCUUGGUCAUUUCAUGUUUAAUUCCUGUUU